AAAACCCUUGAUAGUCUCACAGAACUAGAAUCUGAGGUAUCUCAACUGAAUAUUGUUAAUAAUCAUCUGGAAGAGGAAAUUAAACAUCAUCAGAAGAUAAUUGAAGAUCAAAGACAGGGCAAAAUGCACCUACUUCAGUCUUUACAGGAGAAGAAGAAGGAAAUGAAUGAAGUUAAAUACCAAUAUGAGCAGAUGAAUGCUGCUCAUACCAGGUUAUUUUUAGAAAAAGAUGAGGAAAUUAAGAAUUGGCAGAAAAUCAUUGAACAAAUAAAAGUCCAGUUGCCUGGAGACAGACAUAACACUCAAACAGAGAAUUGUGAUAUUUUUCAAGAAGCAAAAGUUAAAGAAAGUCUUAAUAUAGAAAAUGGAGGUGAAAAACACAACCUAUUGAAAUCUGAAAGAGGAAUCAAAGAACGAGAACUUGAGAUUAAACUUCUAAAUGAAAAGAAUAUAUCUUUAACCAAACAGAUUCAUCAGCUGUCCAAAGAUGAAGUUGGUAAACUCACUCAAAUUAUCCAGCAGAAAGAUGUGGAGAUACAAGCUCUUCAAGCUAGAAUGUCUCCAGUUUCAUACACCCAGGAUGUCGCUUACCUUCAGCAGCAACUGCAGACCUUCACUAUGGAAAGAGAACACGUAUUAGCCAUUUUGAAUGAGAAGGCGAAGGAAAACCGCCAUUUAAAAUCAGAACAUCACAAGAUGAAGGACCUGGUUGCUGUGAAAGAAGCAGCCCUCAUCCAGCUUCAAGAAGAAAAUAGAAAAUUGUCCACCCGAUUCGUAAGUAGGGAUCAAGAUAUGUUUAGAGAAACUCUGCAGAAUUUAUCUUGUAUAUUUAGAGAAAAAGACACUGAAAUAGAUGCGCUAAGUCAGAAAUGUCAGACUUGACUGGAAGUUUUUCAAACGUUCGGCACUGGUAAUGAGAGGGGAGGUGUUAAUAGCCAUCAGUUGGAGGAGCUCCUAGAGGAACAUGAUCAAUUAAAACAGCAAGUUAAAAAAAUAGAGGAGUGGAAACAACAGUUAAUGACAACAGUUCAAAAUAUGCAUCAUGAAUCAGCCCAACAUCAGGAUGAGCUUCUUCAACUUGAAGCCCAAGUUUUGGUUGACACUGAAAAUAGUUUUAAAUUAGAAGCAGACUACACCGGCCUCAUCCAAAGCUAUGAGCUGAAUGAAACCAAAUUAGGCCAGGUUCAGCAGUGCACAGGGCAGCUUUGCAAUGCCAAAUCCCUUCCUGUAGAAAAACUUGAUAGUACUUCACCCCAGCUCUUAUCUGCUUCAUUACUUAGCUCCCAGUCAGCAGAAGUCGAAGAGCUGAGACAAUCACUGCAAGAAAAAGAGGCUACAAUUAAGACUUUUCAAGAAAACAACCACAGGUUGUCUGAUUCAAUU